AUGGUGCCGAACGAUUGGUAUGAGGAGGGUGUGGCUCGAUGGCGCGCUCGGAGUUUUCCCGCGCCCGCUGAGCCGGGCAGAGCUUGGGCAGAGCCUGCGCAGCGCCGGGCAGAGCCAAUGCGAGCCGCGCAGCCCGUCUCCUCGCCCCGCCGGGGGUUCGUUUCCUGCCCGCACCGGCUCUUCCCCCGAGUCGCGCUGACUUGCGGAGUGACGACACCAAAGGCAGAGUUAGGUGCACGUAUGCGGCUGUGCACAGGGUGCAGGGGGGAUCUUUCCUCCAAGCUUGCACCCCAUCUGUCAAAGCCGGGAUGUCUUUAUUGUGCCGUGUUAUACAUAUGCAGUAGGGGAGCAUACAUAGUCAUGACUUUUCCAAGAAGUGGGUAGGGUUAGUAAGAUUAGUCACUGGAACUCGUUGUCAUAGUAAGAUUAAUUCCAGGAAUUCAUUAUCAUAGGUCUCCUAGUCUUAGCGCUUGCACAUUUUCUUGUGGUAAUGGUCGAUGGGGUCUUUGGAGAUCAUAGAAUCACCAGGUUGGAAAGGACCCACUGGAUCAUUGAGUCCAACCAUUCCUAACACUCCCUUAAACCAUGUCCCUCAGCACUUCAUCCACCCAUUCCUUAAACACCUCCAGGGAAGGUGACUCGACCACCUCCCUGGGCAGCCUGUUCCAGUGCCCGAUGACUCUUCCUGUGAAGAAUUUUUUUCUGAUAUCCAGCCUGAACCUCCCCUGGCGGAGCUUGAGGCCAUUCCCCCUUGUCCUGUCCUCAGUCACUUGGGAGAAGAGGCCAGCUCCCUCCUCUCUGCAACAGAAGAUAGGUAGUCUUCCUUGUGCUGAACUUUUCACCUUCCCUCCUUGCACGUGCCCUUAGGGAGCCCAGGCUGUCUCCGGGCCUUAUCUGUCCCAGCCGGUGGUCCUUCCCAUGUGGGUUGUACCAGUCAUUCUUAUCUGGCUUCAACCAGAUACAGUCACCGCCCCACUAAAAAACCUCUACGUUAGAAUUCUAUAUGUUAGUUAAUUCACACUUAUAACUUCUAACAAAUGAUUUCUUCUUUCAGAGCGGCAGGCAGCCUCGUUCCCCGUUUCCGCACUCCCUUUCCAGCGGGCUCGGAGCCCAUUCACGGCGGAGAGCGGCGGGGCAGGCACGGGGUGUGCACCGCAGCCUCCUGGGGGGACCGACCUGCCGCUGCCCGGAGCCCCGCAGGGAGCCCCGCAGGGACUCGGGAGGCUCCCCCCGCACCCCGAGACCCCACGGCGCGGAGUCGGGCUGCAGCCCCGCCGCCCGCCCCCGUGUCCCGGCUGCGGCUGCGGGAGGUGCUGUCGCGGCUCAGCCUGGCACGGCAGGACGUGUCCGAAGCCUCCGGGCUGGUGAACCGGGUGGUUUCGCAGCUGAUCCGAGCGAUCCGGAGCAAGGAAGGCAGCUUCGGCAGCAUCGAGCGCCUGGGAGCCGGCAGCUACUACGAGCGCGUCAAGCUUCCUCUGGACCCAUUCCAACAGUUCCAUAUGCUUCUUACAUUGAGGAUUCCAGAACUGGACACAAUACUCCAGAUAUUUGAACCAAAUGAGUUUGACAUCAUGCUUGUAAUGCCUGUUGCAAGACUUCAGCUGGAGGAAUGUGAUGACACUGGAGCCUUUUAUUAUCUAACAUUCAAGAGAAAUCCAAAAGAAAAGUAUUUGUUGAAAUUUUUAGAUGAAGAUGGAAAAUUAUCAGCCUUUAAAAUGCUUCAAGCAUUAAGAGACAUUAUUAAACAAGAAGUAAAAAACAUUAAAAAUGUGGAAGUAACUGUGAAAAGGAAGAAGGCUGGAAGCCCUGCAAUAACUCUCCAAAUCAAAAAUCUUCCAGCAGAAAUAUCAGUGGACAUCAUCUUGACUUUGGAAGUUCAGCAGAGCUGGCCACCCAGCACACAGGACGGCCUCAAAAUUGAACAGUGGCUGGGAAGAAAAGUCAGGGGAGAGUUCAGAAAUAAAUCACUUUAUUUAGUAGCCAAACAAAACAAGAAAGAAAAGGUUCUAAGAGGAAACACCUGGCGGCUCUCUUUCUCACAUAUUGAGAAGGCCAUGAUGAACAACCAUGGCAGCUCAAAGACAUGCUGUGAAUCUGAUGGACCAAAGUGCUGUAGGAAAGGUUGUCUUAAGCUUCUGAAGUAUCUUCUAGAGCGACUUAAAAUGAAAUAUCCAAAAGAGUUAGAAAAAUUCUUUUCAUAUCAUGUCAAAACUGCUUUUUUCCACGCCUGUGUAAUGUGGCCAAAUGACACAGACUGGCAUUCGGAAGACCUGGAUCAUUGCUUUCAGAAAUACCUGGGAUAUUUUCUGGAUUGCCUGCAAAAGUCUAAGCUGCCACACUUUUUUAUUCCCCAAUACAACUUGCUCAGCCCUGAAGAUAAAGCGAGUAGCAAUUUCCUUUCAAGACAGAUAAACUAUCAAUUGAACAACGGAUUCCCAAUAUUUCAGGAGAUGUGUUAAAACCAUUGUUUGCAAUAACUAUCUAAUUGUGUAGAUUUGCAUAGUUGUUAAAACCAGAAGCACCUUAAGUUACUCCUCAGUAGUCUGAGACUACAAAAAGCCAAAGUUAAGAACUCUCAGAAAAUUACAAAUUUCAGUGUUAUGGAUGAGGUUUUUAGAUUGAACUCGUAUUUAAAUAGAAGUGCGACUUAACAGAGCUCAAUGAUAAGACCAUGCAAUUACUUAUUGUAUAGAGGAAAUAUAUGAGGGGAAAUCAGGUUAUAUGUGUUUGCUUAUAGCCAAAGGAUUGUAUGUGUUCGCUUGUGUCACUUACCUAAGAUUUCAAAGUUUCAUAAUGCUUAUGCCCAAUUCACUUACAUUCCCAUCUGGGCAUCUGAUAUGAGUUUGCUCCAUAGUUCAUAUCCAAGGUUUUGCAAAGCAGACUCUCAGGCAUGAGAUUUUUAUAAAAUAAAUCAUUUAGCAGAGGUGAUUCUAUGAUAUAGUAACAUGGUCAACUCCAGGGUGAGACAAGCUCCACAGAGAGGGGCCAACAUGAACCAAGAAAUCCCUGGACGAUUACACUCUUACAGACUGUUUACCUGCCCUCUCAGGCAAUGGUUUGGUCCAGAAGUAAUUUUUGGAGUCUUCUUGUUUUGGAUUGGAUCCCUUUGCUGUCUUUCAGACAGGUCAUUAUCUUGGCUUGGGGCAGCUGGUGUUGUUCCAUGUCCUUGAAGCCUCUGUAUUUUCCAGUCUUCUUAGAUUCAGGUGGCCAUAUUUUGACUGAACAGGUUGUAUGUGCUGGGAAAGUUUGAACUAGAGAUUCGCAGCUCAUGGCCUAGGGGUUCAGAGCAAGUCUUUCUACUCAUGCUAAGAAAGUUAAGCAAACAGUGAACUAAAUCAGACAAUAUUAGAUUAUUCUGUUUAAAAUGCUACUUAUUGUUCUGGUUCGAGCAAGAGCAGUACUGAUUUUCUGACUUUCAGCUAAGCCUUGUCUAAGUAACUUCAUUUUCUGAAAGCUAACUACAUGUUUUUUCAGACAGUGAUCGUCUGUAUAAAUGAUUACACUUAAAAGCUAUGAUUAACACCAAAGUAACAGGGCACUGGUACGCAGAGAGGCCAUUAUAUUUAUCCCUAGGGAAGCCAAGGACAUCCUGAGCCGGUGAAAUGCCAUUAAGUCAAAGGGACAAAAAAAAAGGUCACGCCUACAAGGAGAAGCGGACAGGACAGGUGACUCAAAACUGACCAACAGAGUAUUCCAUCCCACGUAUGUCAUACUCAGUACAAAACUGAGGGAUUACAAGGAUCAAGCUCUCUUCUUUGAUGGCUGGUGUUUAACAUGCACCUCACCUGUUCUUUUGCCCCUGGUCCUAUUGGUAAAAGCCCGUAAUAUUUUUUAAGCGUCUUAAAAAUAUCUUAGGAUCAUCAGAUAGAGAGGAGGUUCGACCAAGAUGCGUCCCAGCCUAUGAUGAUAUUUUGGAAAUUUUUGUGUGAUGGGAACAUGUACUUCUGGUUAAAGUUUGUUCAGCUGUAAAAGAACUUAAGUUUUUGAAAUAAUAACGCACGUUAUGAGCAUGGCUUUUGAAUGGGGAACUGGGAACUUUAAUAAACUAAGACAAUCCAAGCCAGUGAUUUAGAAAUACUGGGCCAAAAUUCAGGAGGAGUUAACCAAUAGAUGAACUUGGCAGACAAUUUUUGGUGUACCAACCUCUGAAGACCCCCUUGGAGAAUGCGCAGAAGGUACAAGGGAUGACUUGGCAUUUAUUAUAUUUAAAUAUGUAAUCAGAUGCUUGAUGAAUAACGCAUGGCUUUGUGUAACUUUGUGUAUAAAAGCACGCAACAACCUCCUUGGUGUGUACUUGAUUGGAGGAAAACCUCCAAGCACCUGGGAUUUGGGCAAAUCUGGAUAAAGCAAUAUCUCUCUUGGUGAUAUAGUUAUCGACUUAUUGCACAUCGGGUAGCAGAGCCACACUUUGGAUAACAAACCUGGAUCUGUGCAUUCCUCAAUCCAGUUCUUGAGUCCAGCUCUCAUCUGCUGCUGAGUCCAGUCCAGGACUUUCCCUACGUCUUUUCUGCAGCACCAGUGGUGCUGUAGUUAUUGGGCAGAAGGGGGUUUGAUUUCAUGUAUUUGCAUACAUUUUAUUAUUUUCUUAUUAAUAGUAUUUUCUUCAUUAUGGUUUGAUUAAAGCUGUUUUAGUUUCGAACGCACAGGUCUCUUUGUGUGACGGGAACAUGUACUUCUGGUUAAAGUUUGUUCAGCUGUAAAGGAACUAGAGUUUUUGAAAUAAUAACGCACAUUAUGAGCAUGGUUUUUGAAUGGAGAACUGGGAACUUUAAUAAACUAAGACAAUCCAAGCCAGUGAUUUAGAAAUACUAAGAGCUGGGGAGCUGGGGUCACAACUGCUCACGUUCAGCUGCCAACAAAGCUGGAGGCUGGGGCUAAACUGUGACACUUACUUAGGGUAAACAACUGCUCCCUGUUAGAGAAUUGUCUGGUUGUACAGCCCAGCUGCCAUGCAAGGAGGAUUCAAAUGGGGCUCAACAGUGAUCUGUCACUGGUAAAAGAUCUCGUUGCUUUGAGGAACACCCUUGAGAGGUGUCCCAGCUCCAGGGAGAUCAGCACCAUGCAGCCACGCUGCCCAGCAGGGAGAGCUCACAGAAAGCUCAUUUAGCCUGUCAUGUUUAUGGGAUAAAAGUGGUUGACUUGUAGUCAAAUUGCAU